AUGGACGCGUCACUCUUCAAAAAACAUAUCACCCAGCGUGGGUUCACCUACAAUUACUUCCGUGUUUCUGCCGAAGCGGGAAAACCGACGCUUGUACUCCUGCAUGGGUUCCCCUCGUCGUCUUGGGAUUGGCAUUACCAGGUGGAUUUCUUCAAACCGCGAGGCUAUGGACUCGUCGUUCCGGAUAUGCUUGGCUAUGCGGGCACCGACAAGCCGACGGAUGCAAAGUUCUACAUCGGAAGCGGGCUAGCGCAGGAUAUUGUCGAUAUCUUGGACAAGGAGGAUGUGCAGAAAUCCGUUUUGAUUGGGCAUGACUGGGGAAGCCGCGUGGUCUCACGUCUGGCAAACAACCACCCUGACCGAUUCACGGCCAUCGGCUUCCUCGCGCUCGCAUACCUCCCUCCCAAUCCAGUCCACGAUCCUGCGGCACAGUCAGCCAGAAUCAAACAACUCGUUGGCCGCGACCUAUUUGGAUACUGGGAUUAUCUCGCAGAAGAGGGUGCUGAUAAAAUGAUCAAAAAAAAUUUCAACUCCUUCCUCAGCAUAUUCUUCUCCGGUUCUGGAGAGAUCGCUCUCAAGAAUCUCUGUCCGCCCGGCGCGCUGAAAGAAUGGAUAGAAGCUAACAACCAAGGGCCGAUUGCCCCAUUUCUCACAGUAGAGGACCAAGAGCAUUACCGCCAGACGCUCCUAGGCGGAGGACUUGCUUCCCCCGUAGCUUGGUACAAAAUACAGACAACGGCCGGUAGCAUUCGUGCUGAAGAUGACAAACUCGUUCCCAAAGAGGCGUAUGACAUACAGCAACCUGUUUUUUUCGGCGCCGCACUCAGGGACAUUGUCUGCCUCCCGGCAUUGGGAAAUGCGCUACUCAAACAAUAUGCGAAGGGACCGCUCACCGUGAAGGAGUUCGAUGCAGGUCAUUGGGUCCUUUUGUCCCAUCCGAAGGAGGUCAACGAGGCAUUGUUAGAGUGGAUCGAAGGACUCCAAAUAUGA